GCGGAUGUUUCCCUGAAAUCACCAGUUACAGCGCGAAAUUCUCUUCGAACUGACUCCUGCUUUCGCGAAUGUAAUCUGUGAUAUCCAUACCUACCCUCUAUUACGAACACGGCUAAUUCACUAAUGGCACUCUCGUCGACCCGCAGAGUCUAUGACCGCCCCCGGGGAGUCGUAAGUCGUGACCGACUCGCUUCUCACGCGAACUUUUCACCUUCUAACUGUGUCGGAUUAACGGUUUUCACGGAGUCUUUACUUUUACAAACUCAACCGCGAAAUGCGGCUCAAGCGCCUUUCAACCCGUAAAGUUCGCAUCUUCGCAUACGCAUCGACGACAAACCCGACGGCAACUUCGAGAUGAGGAGCUUUUCUUCUCAGAAGAAACUCUUCUUCUGAGCGCACCGGAUAAAAAUGUGGUCGACCUCCUGUGGCCUUUUAUUGACGCUACUGCACUUUUGGCUGCUGGAUUUCGUGGUAAAGAUUGGAAGUUCUGAUUGCGAGGAACACUUGGUUGCACGACGAGGGGUUAUACAAACUCUCAAUUUUCCUGGCCCAUUUCCUGUGCCCAUCAGAUGUCGAUGGAUAAUUGACGCUUCUGAGAUUCCUUCGACUAAUGGAUCCAUCAUCGUUUACCUAACACAAUUGUUUGUUCAUACGGGUUUGUCUUUCACGGAAUAUGCUUAUUAUGAAUCGGAGAGUACAAACUUUGGAGCUACCCUCCUCAAGGAGAUCACGGAGGCGAACGUUUUUCAAUUUAGAUGGCUCAAGACCUACAGGCCCUUUCUCGUUAUUCGAUUUCAAUUAGAACGUCUUGAGGGACAUCAUGUGCGAGUUCUGGACAAUCUUCUAGAUGUUUAUGGAUUUAAUAUCACAUAUGUGAUGACAGAAGAAGAGGAAAAUCCUAAUUCUUGUUCUACCAAGGACUGCUCAUUUUCUGGAAACUGUUUUAUUGAUGCUGAUUUCACGUCCUUUUCGUGCACAUGUUUCAAUGAUUUCAGUGGCGACAACUGCGGAUUUGGACCCCUCUGUAAGGAGGACCAACAGCAUUUAGUGUGCCGAAAUGGUGGCACAUGUAGGCACGUCGGUGCAGCAGCAGUGCGAUGUCAUUGUACAACAGGAUAUGCAGGAAAUGUUUGCGAGAUUCCAACCACGCGCUCGCAGGACAGUGGUAAGGUGUACAACGCGCUCAAAACAUAUAUCCCCUCUCCACUUUGUGGACCAACAAUUUAUUUUCCAAUUAUCACAAUAAUCAUAGUUUGCUCUGUACUCCGCUGUUGCAAACAAUAG